ACCCCGCCUGAAAACUCCCGUUUGCCCCCGCAUCUCGCUCAGAGGCUCCGUCCCCGUCUGGCAGCAGGAGCCCGGGCUGGGGGACGCUGCUGCGGCUGAGGGCUCCGUGCCCCGCCACCCCGGCCCCCCGAGCCUUUUGCUACCUCCCCUCCUCCUCCUCCCCGUCCACCUCCUUCUCAGUGCCCCAAAAUGCAGCGCCGCCUCUGCGCCCUGCUUCUCCUGGUGUCCCAGUGCGUGGGCUCGGCCGCCGGGCUCUUCCCGUUCGGGGAGCCCGAUUUCUCCUACAAGCGCUCCAACUGCAAGCCCAUCCCCGCCCCGAUGCUGCUGUGCCGGGGCAUCGAGUACCAGAGCAUGCGGCUGCCCAACCUGCUGGGGCACGAAACGGUGCAGGAGGUGCUGGAGCAGGCUUCCACCUGGAUCCCGCUGGUGCAGAAGCAGUGCCACCCCGACACCAGGAAGUUCCUCUGCUCCCUCUUCGCCCCCGUCUGCAUCGACGACCUGGACGAGAUCAUCCAGCCCUGCCACUCGCUCUGCGAGGAGGUGAAGGAGAGCUGCGCCCCGGUGAUGUCCGCCUUCGGCUUCCCUUGGCCCGACAUGCUGGACUGCAGCCGCUUCCCCAAGGACAACGACCUCUGCAUCCCGCUGGCCAGCAGCGACCACAUCCUCCCGGUCACCAGGGAAGCACCUAAAGUCUGCGAUGCCUGCAAAAACAAAAACGAAGACGAUAAUGACAUCGUGGAAAACCUCUGCAAAAAUGACUUUGCCUUGAAGAUAAAAGUGAAGGAGAUUGCCUACAUCAAUGGGGAUACCAAGAUCACCCCUGAAACAAAGAGCAAAACCAUCUACAAGCUGAAUGGGCUGACGGAAAGGGAUCUGAGGAAGAUCGUGCUCUGGCUCAAAGGUGGCCUCCAGUGUACCUGUGAUGAGAUGAACGAUAUAAACGUCCCCUACUUGGUGAUGGGGCAAAAGCAAGCUGGGGAACUGGUGAUAACCUCGCUGAAGAGGUGGCAGAAAGGGCAGCGGGUUUUCAAGCGGUUCUCCCGCAGCAUCCGUAAACUGCAGUGUUAGUGGCUUCGGCUCUGGCCGCCUCCAGCAGCUGCCUCUGUCCUGAGCUCUCCAGGCCUCCCGCACCUUCUUCCUUCCAUCCCUAUGAGCCUUUAGCUGCCACAGGCACGAGACAUGAUGACCGCUUUCCGAGAUGGGAGGGAGCCCUCUGGUUUUGUACAUAGGUUAAAAUGUAAUAGUGAAAAAAAAAACCAACAUGACUAUUUUGGGGAAGUAUCAAAGUAUCUCACUUAAAGCUUUUUUUUUUUUUUUUUAAUGGUUGCGAACAUUACUUUGGUCUGAGGUUUUUCCCUCUCCGUUUUGGCAAUGCUGGUUCAUUUAUAUUCCUGCUUCUCUGUAUACAAGCAUGUUUGUUAUGCAAAAGUAGGAGAUGCAGAGAAAGACAGCCACGCAUGCAACUGGCCUGUCACAGUGGGUAUGACUCUUUCACUAGGGUGAAAUGGCUCGCCAUCUAUAUUAACACUAUAAAGGUCAUGUUAUGACUCUUGCAUGUGAUACAUAGGCACUAGUAAGAGUAUAUUAACCAUUCUCACUUUUUAUUUUCUACGAGACUGAGCCCUUCUCAGAAAAAAAAUGAACAAGUUUUGGAACUGGUUGAUCUGAAUGCAACUUCUUUAUUAUUAUUUUUCAAAUUAAACCAUCUGUAGCCUAAAUGUAAUAUACCUAGUGGUAAACCUGAAAGAGUUGUAAAAUAUUGCUUUAAUUAACCUUGUAAAUACUCCAGAUAAAUGUUAUAUUCUUGUAUAUAAACUUUACAUG